AAGCGGGGAGUACACUUCGUUCCUGACCGGGUCUAAACUUGCCUCGAAGGCUGCACCUGUUUUGAGCCCUUACUAGGAAGGGGUGUUUGUGGGGGAGGGACAGAGGGAGGCUCUGCGCCCCCCAAAUCUGGAGAAAGAAGUCCGCCCGCCCCCUCACCCGGCUGCCAGCUCAGCGCACCCGAGGGCUGAGCCCAAGAAGCCGGCCUCUAGCGGUGCUGGCGUGGCGCUUGCCAAAAAUGCCCUUUGCAUCUCAAUUUCCCGGCCGGCCGUUUCUUUCGGUUGCAUCGCUCUCCCUGGGCCACCUCGAUUCCGCCAGCUCGGUCCUGCAGGCGCCCCUUCCCUCCCUCCCCGUUCCCUGCUCGCCCAAGGCGAAACCCAAAACGCACCACCAAGAGGAGCAGCGGGCUCGGGGGCACCUAGAGUGCUAUGCCCCGCAGUCCCCUCCCCUGCCAAGCCCAGCUCCCGGGACUCUCCAUUACCCAAACGAGUGUCAUUCAGAGCUAGGUCUGCACCUCUGCGGCCGGCAUCCCUGGCUGCCUCGCUCGGGUUCCCGUGCGCUCCCGUCCCCCGUCACUGUCCGCGAGCUCGUGCCCCUCACCCAGGCUGGGGAGCACCCCGGGUCACCUCGGCCGUGCUCGUUUCUUCUCCUCCCGCGGAGGAGAUUGCAGCAAAAAACCGGGCAGCACGAGGGCCAAAAAGUGGAAAGGAGAACGCCUUUCGUGUCGCGCCGCCGCCUCGCCAACUCUCCCUCCCCAAGGCGGACCCUCGGAAUCCCAACUGCAACUUUUUCCCUUCCGUCUCGGUUUCCCCUCGGCUGCGGGGAGAGGGCGCGGGGCCGCUAGGCGUGGAGCGGGCGGGCGGCCGCGCGGCUGCGGGUGGCGGUACCGGCGAGAGCCUAGAGUCGCCGAGUGGUCUCGGAGUCGGAGAGCGCGCCUCGCUUCAAGAGCUCCUGGACCCCGCAAGCCGGCGAGCGCCGAGCCGGCCACCAUGCCGGGCAGACCGCGCCACUAGGCGCACCCCGCGGCUCCUACCCGGCGGCGGCGGCGGCGGCGGCGGCGGCGGCGGCGAUGGUUUCCGACGCCGAAGGAUUUUGCAUCUGAUCGCUCGGCAUUUCAAAGGCAGAGGCCCCCCUCCCCCUUCCCCCCUCCCUCGCCGUCUUUGUUUCCUUCCCCCCCCCUGCUCUCCCCACUCCCCCCACCCCACCCCCCCUCUCCUCUCCUCCUCCUCUUUUUUAGAAGCAGCGAUCGGAGAUGGAUGUCUCUCUUUGCCCAGCCAAGUGUAGUUUCUGGCGGAUUUUCUUGCUGGGAAGCGUCUGGCUGGACUAUGUGGGCUCCGUGCUGGCUUGCCCUGCAAAUUGUGUCUGCAGCAAGACUGAGAUCAAUUGCCGGCGGCCGGACGAUGGGAAUCUCUUCCCCCUCCUGGAAGGGCAGGAUUCAGGGAACAGCAAUGGGAACGCCAGCAUCAACAUCACGGACAUCUCAAGGAAUAUCACUUCCAUACACAUAGAGAACUGGCGAGGCCUGCACACACUCAACGCUGUGGACAUGGAGCUCUACACGGGACUCCAGAAGCUGACCAUCAAGAAUUCUGGACUUCGGAACAUUCAGCCCAGAGCCUUUGCCAAGAAUCCCCACUUGCGCUAUAUAAACUUGUCAAGUAAUCGGCUCACUACACUCUCCUGGCAGCUCUUCCAGACGCUGAGUCUUCGGGAAUUGAGACUGGAGCAGAACUUCUUCAACUGCAGCUGUGACAUCCGCUGGAUGCAGCUGUGGCAGGAGCAGGGGGAGGCCCGGCUGGACAGCCAGAGCCUCUACUGCAUUAGUCCUGAUGGCUCCCAGCUCCCCCUCUUCCGCAUGAACAUCAGUCAGUGUGAUCUCCCCGAGAUCAGUGUGAGCCACGUCAACCUGACCGUCCGAGAAGGAGACAAUGCUGUAAUCACUUGCAAUGGCUCUGGUUCUCCCUUGCCUGAUGUGGACUGGAUCGUCACUGGGCUGCAGUCCAUCAACACCCACCAGACCAAUCUGAACUGGACCAAUGUUCAUGCCAUCAACUUGACCCUGGUGAAUGUGACGAGCGAGGACAAUGGUUUCACCCUGACGUGCAUUGCAGAGAACGUGGUGGGCAUGAGCAAUGCCAGCGUUGCUCUCACUGUCUACUACCCUCCACGUGUGGUGAGCCUGGUGGAGCCUGAGGUACGCCUGGAGCAUUGCAUUGAGUUUGUGGUGCGUGGCAACCCGACGCCCACGCUGCACUGGCUGUACAAUGGGCAGCCAUUGAGGGAGUCCAAGAUCAUUCACAUGGACUACUACCAGGAGGGUGAGGUCUCGGAGGGCUGCCUGCUCUUCAACAAGCCCACCCAUUACAACAACGGCAACUACACCCUCAUUGCUAAGAAUGCCCUGGGCACGGCCAACCAGACCAUCAAUGGCCACUUCCUCAAGGAGCCCUUUCCAGAGAGCACCGAUUUCUUUGACUUUGAGUCUGAUGCGAGCCCUACACCCCCUAUCACCGUGACCCACAAACCGGAGGAAGACACUUUUGGGGUAUCCAUAGCAGUUGGACUUGCUGCCUUUGCCUGCGUCCUUUUGGUGGUUCUCUUUAUCAUGAUCAACAAGUAUGGUCGCCGGUCCAAAUUUGGAAUGAAGGGUCCUGUGGCUGUCAUCAGUGGUGAGGAGGACUCAGCCAGCCCACUGCACCAUAUCAACCAUGGCAUCACCACGCCUUCCUCGCUGGAUGCUGGGCCGGACACAGUGGUCAUUGGCAUGACUAGAAUUCCAGUCAUUGAGAACCCACAGUACUUCCGUCAGGGACACAAUUGUCACAAGCCAGACACAUAUGUCCAGCACAUCAAGAGGAGAGACAUAGUGUUGAAGAGAGAACUGGGUGAGGGGGCCUUUGGAAAGGUCUUCCUGGCUGAGUGCUACAAUCUAAGUCCCACCAAAGACAAGAUGCUCGUGGCAGUGAAGGCCCUGAAGGAUCCCACCUUGGCUGCCAGGAAGGAUUUCCAGAGGGAGGCUGAGCUGCUCACUAACCUGCAGCAUGAACAUAUUGUCAAGUUCUAUGGGGUGUGUGGGGAUGGGGACCCACUCAUCAUGGUCUUUGAAUACAUGAAACAUGGAGACCUUAACAAGUUCCUCAGGGCCCAUGGGCCGGAUGCAAUGAUCCUCGUGGAUGGGCAGCCACGCCAGGCCAAGGGCGAGCUGGGACUCUCUCAGAUGCUCCACAUUGCCAGCCAGAUAGCCUCGGGCAUGGUGUACCUGGCCUCCCAGCACUUUGUGCACCGGGAUCUGGCCACUAGGAACUGCCUGGUUGGAGCCAACUUACUGGUGAAGAUUGGAGAUUUUGGCAUGUCCAGGGAUGUCUACAGCACUGAUUACUACAGGGAAGGGCCAUGCCAGAAGGGCCCAUUCAGCGUGUCGUGGCAGCAGCAGAGGCUAGCAGCGCCAACAGCUUCCACAGUGGGAGGACACACCAUGCUCCCCAUCCGCUGGAUGCCCCCUGAAAGCAUCAUGUACCGGAAGUUCACCACAGAGAGUGAUGUGUGGAGCUUCGGGGUUAUCCUUUGGGAGAUAUUUACCUAUGGGAAACAACCAUGGUUCCAGCUCUCCAACACAGAGGUCAUUGAGUGCAUCACCCAAGGCCGCGUGUUGGAGAGACCCCGAGUCUGUCCGAAAGAGGUAUAUGACGUCAUGCUGGGGUGCUGGCAGAGGGAACCACAACAGCGGCUGAACAUUAAGGAGAUCUACAAAAUCCUCCAUGCUUUGGGGAAGGCCACUCCAAUCUACCUGGACAUUCUCGGCUAGUGGUGACUGGUGGCCUAGCGUUUAUACUCUGUUGCCUCCUCUCUCCCUGCUCAUAUCCUCCUUUUCCUCAUCUCAACUCCUUUCUUCCAUCUUUGACUGAAAUGAACAUCUUCAUAUAAACUCAAGUGCCUGCUACACAUACAACACUGAAUUAAAAAAAAAAAAAAAAGAAAGAAAGAAAGAAACCCUGUAAGGCAGUCUGACAUAUAUAUUUAUAUAUAUAAUUAUCUAUCUAUCUAUAUCUACAGAGAAGUACCUUCUCAAACACACAGAGAAGCUGCUGAUACAGAAAACCGUAAGACAUUAACAAUUGAGAAAAAAAUUUAAAUAUUAUUAUUAACACAAAUGAAAUCCCCUUGACUUAAGCUGUGGCCCAUGCUUAUUCAGCUCUGGAUUUUGGAGCUCUUCGUCUUGACCCUGCCAAGAGAGAGGCUGGGAGGAGGCAGGGUGCCGCACAGUCAUCCGUGCACAUGUGUAACCCGUUGACGGUGCUUGGCAAGGAAACAAUUCUGGAAGUCCAGGCCCUUCGGAACCAUCUCUGGUCUGCCUUGAUCUUUGCUUCCACUCUCUUCCCGCUUUUUCUCCACUUUGGGACAAUUUUCUAAUUUGUCUGUUCUACAAAGUAUAUAGUCCUGACGCUUUUUGGAAUCAAUGAUGACACCUACGGGUAAAUAGUGAACAAAUAACACCAGACCACACAAAGCCAUCCAUGGUCGGGGUAAUCACCAAACAAGUAAGGACAGGGGACUCCUGGGAGAGGAAACCCCACCCUUCCGGAUGUAAAUCAUGCUCAAGUUCCUUACGAGGUUUGAAGAGAUUCGAUCUUCUGAACUUGAAGAACUGUACUUAGUGGAUUUACAGAAUCGAGGAAGAACAGCUGAAGUCCGAAUCCCAUCAAGGCACUGCCACUCAUCUUUCCAUCACUGGGGAGAUUCUUGGCCUGUCCUUUCAUUUAAGGCCCUUGGGGAGCUUGGAGGUUUAGAACCCACAUUUUCUGGUGUCAUCUGCUAAUGCGGACACAACAGGUUUCAAGGUUCUGGUAGCAAGAGACUUAGCUGCUUGUAGGUCAUAAUUAGGCAGCCCCUUGGGUCUUAUUUUCUUAUCUUGCUUCCCCCAUAUCCUGAGGUUCAAUCAAGUCCUGGGUAAACCCCACUGCCAGGAAAGGAAUCCAGGUGAGAGCCUGAGUCAUGUGUGUUUCAAGGAGCCAGACACUGGCAUUGGCAAAAGCCAGCAAUGAAGAAUCUUCUUGGCACCUGUGCUAGGCCCUUGGCAUUCUCCUCACGUUUUCAGCCCUCGGAAGGAUUGAUGCAUCUGCCUUUGAGCUGUUGUGAAAAGGCAGGGACUGAGAAAUCGCUUUGUGGGCUGGGUGUUGGGGGGAGGGGCUGAAGCUUCUCUGGAAGAUGUCCAAUGAGUGGCCGGUGCUGCAGAUUUGGCAUCUUAAUGAGUACCAAGCUCUGACCGGGAGUGAGAAUGAAGCAUCUGAGCUGGGGACAGUCCCCCUUGGCUCCAGCACCAGGGGAAUCACUGCCUUCCCAACAGUGCUGCUGAGGACUGCAAAAGAGAAGCUCCUUGGACAGCCCUCUUACAAAACAAUAAAACUCCCCAGGGAGCCAAGCGCCUCACUGCACGGAGCCAUCUUGCUGGGGAGGAGGGGAUACCUCUUCCUAGGGUACGUGCCUCUCCACCUCAUCCCAAGCACAGAGUUACCUAACAGACUGACAUUUUCCUACCAGAAGCUCCCAGGAGCCGCUGACUAACCCUUUCCUUGCCAGCUGAAAGAACUGUCUACUGCCUGGAUACCCUGGCCAUCAAACGCAGCUGAAGUACACGCAACUCUGUGGCGGGUUUAGGACUGAAUUAUGUGUUUGUAGUUUUCCUUUUUUUUUUUUUUAACCAACAAAUGUUUUUAUUCAAAUAGUAAAGAGCUGUGCUCAGAUUGUAGCCAUGGUUGGGAUUCAGGGAUCUGCAAGGCUGCUCAGCUGGACUGGGGAGAGAGCUGGGUUAAGGGGAAUUCAGUUUGGAACUUCUUACUCUGCUAGGUACCACGUCCCUGAGGACACUAGGGUAAAGCUCUUUGGAUUGAUCCCUUCAAAAGAACCCUUUGCUUUCCUGUGACAAUUACUUCUCUUAUCACUCUUUGAAUUGGUCCAUUUGAGGCUUUUGGUCUCUGCUGGGUGGAAGUUUCCAUUCAGGUUUUAAUCUGGAAAAGUAAAGGGAAGCCACUCAGGCAGGGAAUGCCUUGGGGGUGGGGGUCUGAGGGGAAACUGUUUUCUAGUUAGAAGUGGUGUUCCAAGAUCUAUUCUUUCCCCAAAACAAUCGCUUAAGGCCUUUUGUUUUUAAUGGUCUGGAAGAGACCAGAGAAUUGAAGUUUAGAGACGUGAUGGGACAGUUAGGACAAAUGACAAGACUGAACCUGCUCGUGUGUCCUUUGUUAGUUCCCUGAGCUUCCACAUUGGCAUCUCUGUGUUCUUCUUUAUCAGCUGCCUGUGUAACAGCAGGAGAGUGGAGGGCAGUGGAGUUAAGAGAGGCCCAGAAUGGGGCCCACCUUCUCACAAUCCUAGCAUCCUCUGCAUAGAGUGGAUUGCAUGUGAACCUCAGAAAUGGUUUGAGGUGCUUCAGAGGGUAAGGAAAUACAGAACAGGCUUUGGACAGUGACAUGUGUUCUAGUGUCUUGGGGUGUGCAGGGUGACUUCCUUCUUGCGCCCCACUUCACUAUGUCUUGUUUUCCUUAUGUGAAGAGGAAGGGAUGCCUUUGUCAUGCCCUGAUCCUGAUCUAGCCCUGAGUUCUUAACUUCUAACUGCACUGAGUCACUGUGUCACUUUUUUUUCUCAGCAUCAAUCUGGAAUGCCUAGAAAACCCUCUUUUGGCCUUGUGUGGGAGGUGGCCUCUGAGGACAUACUGUCCUUGGGUUGGGGUUGGUGCCAGUAAGUCACUCUGGUCCUUUUCUUUAGCUAUGUCACAACAUUUAAAGAGUCUAAAGUGUCUGAGACUACUUUAGGCUGGGGUCGGGAAACAUUUUGUCUCAUUUCCUACCUUAGCCUUACCCUAUGCCAGAAAAUUGUUAUUGGUGAUUUAUUUAUUUUAUUAUUUAUUUAUUUAUUGUUAAAUAAUCUAAUGUGGUCCAAUGAGUCUAGAAUUGACAUCCCAUCAGCCCAUGUAACUGCUGCCAACUAUUGCAUCCUGCCUCCUACAUAAACAUAUCUACAGCUUCAAAGAGCAUUUCAGAUUAAUUUACUACUUAGUUCGAAGUCAACUCCACUAUGAAUGUUUGUGAAUAUUCCAGGGACCCAUGCUUAACUCUAUGCCCUGUUACUGUCACUUCUACUCUUGUGUUGACAAAGUGACUUAGGUGUCCAUUGUAGAACAGGGUGUCAUGGACAAGGGUCUUAGUUAUUUGAUUUGGAUAUAAACUUAAUGCUCCUUUUUGAUUACAUCUCUGAACUGUGAGUGGUUGACAGGGUCACCUAGUUCUCUCUAGUCAGCAGACAAAUGACUUUGGUCUUCCUCCACUUAGCAGAUCACACACAAGUUAGUCCUAGAGAUAGUUUCUCGCUGGAGAUGAAGAUCCUCCAUUUUUCCGGACUUGAACUCAACAGUGUUGUUCGCCCCUGGUGAUGCUUACCUUGCAGAACACACUAGUGUGAAUCCUUCUGGUGCUAAAUACUACAGAAACCAAUACCCACAGAAGAGCUUCAAUACAAGAGUAAGAGUGAGUCAACCAUGUUGGAAGAGCACUGCAUGCAGCAGAAAGACCGUUGAGAACCCUGCCUUUGUACUUGGCUACUCAUGUCAUUUUGGCUAAAUCAGCAUCUCUUAGAUUAUCAGUUUUCCCACCUGAGAUGUAGGAAGUUAGAAAAGGCGGAUCCUUCAGUUUCAGUUUGAAAGGCUAUUUUGAGUUCCAUGCGCUUCUUUAUCCUAAGCUUGUUUGCUUGUAAUGAAGGCUGAAGUGAGCGGUAGGAAGGGAAAGUAAGACAAGUUACUGUUGACCAAAACUGAUCCGAAAGGGAAAGUAAAGAAUACUUAGUGCCUGAUAUGUUUAAGGGAGAUCGGUGCAGGAUCCAGGCACACAAGUCAGGAAGCUGAUAUUUGUGUUCUUCAAGAAAAACUGUUCUUCUCUUCUAGCCUUUUUUUCCACUACACAUGCCCAUAUUGGCAGAAACUAGUCUGGACUAUAGAGAUAGUCCCACCCACUUCCCAUGCAAGGUAGUAAUCUGAACUCUCGGUCAGAAUCCACGAGAUUUUAUGUUUGUACUUGCUUUCUCUGAGUUCUUUUACAUCCAAGAAUAGACUAGUGGCGUUCCUGCUUCCUUUUUCUGAACCAAAAACAGCAAUAGAAUAAGCUUUACACUUAUCUGAAACUUUUGAUCUUUGCAAUUCUUUGUUUAGUGGGGAGCCUAGAAUAUUUGUGGCUGAUCAGCCAAUUAGCCCACAUUUUAGCAGUCCUGGAGCCACUUUCAAAGAUCUGUGUAGUGCCUAGUGUUUGUGUUGGCGGAGCACCAGUUUGCUAAAAUGCACAAGGUGUUUACCUUAGAGUAAAAAAGGUCACCUUGAGCUCACAUCCCGUGAACUGUAAUCACUCACUAUGAUUUUAUUUCUUUUCAAAAUUCACCCUACUUGGUACCAAAUAAAUUGCUUCAACCAAUACUUAAUAGGUAAGUGUAAGUCCAAGUUUGGGGAACAUUAUUAAAACAUCAGUUUGGACUUCAGAAACUGAGGAUUGCUUAAAUCACCAGGAAAACAUUCCUUUUCAGCUCUAGCCAUAUGCACCAUGUACUCUAUUCAUUCGAUGGUCAUAGUUCCAGAGAAGUCUCCCUGAAACCAGCAAGUCAGUUGCAAAUCUCUUUGUAGCUUCGUGUCUCUCCUGGAUGAGAACUGUAGAGGUGGACUGGCCUCACAGGUAUUCAGAAAGGUCCCAAAGGGAAAUUACUUAUCUCAGACUGGCCUCACAGGUAUUCAGAAAGUUUGAUCAUCUGCUGCUCCCCAUAUUAAAUUGUAUUGACAAUAAUGUCUGAGCUUCUCGACAUCAUCUUUCAUGGUUUUCUGAUAACUCACCACACAGAAACCCUUUCUGCUUAUGUUUUGUUUGGAAUUUGGUAUUGACAGUACCACCACUGUAGAUGAAAUGUCUCCAGGAGGGCCAGAACAAAUGGCUUUUGAGAGGAUAAUAACUAAUCACUCUUCUCUGAUAGGCAUUGGUGAUGGUGGUAGAGUAGAUGGCUGUUGUGCUCAAGCACUAGGUAUCAGGACUUUUACUCUACAUGUGGGCUGUCCUACCCAGGGCCCGACAUCUUUGCUUCUGACCAGGUUUCUGUUUGUCUGGUCCAUUCUCUCCAAACACAUUUGUGUGUGUGUGUGUGUGUGUGUGUGUGUGUGUGUGUGUGUGUGUUCAACAAGUUUUGCAUGCAGCAACAGAGGCACCUUUCUCUGAGAUCUGUGGAGAUGUAGGUGCUAUCUGAUAGACCUUGGAAUACCUUUUCUUUCUUUUUUUUCUUUCUUGUACAAAAUUGUACAAAAUCAUGAGCUUCAUUAUGAUAUUUCCAAAUAUGUGUGUACUUGGAAUUCCACACCAGUCAUAUAAUUCACAUUGCUUUUCCUGUGGACAGCUAGGUUCCAACUUUAAAACAAGGCUUGAUUUGAUGUUUGCUAUAAAAAUUAUGUCUUCAAUCAGGAAACAUAGUUCCCUUUUCAUACACAGGUAAGAGUGUAAAUUCUAUUAACAUUUCCCUAUAACCAUCCAGGAAUACAUUGGAGCUCCAAGGUCUAAGCUCAGAGCUCUCAAGAGAUUUAUAGUUCACAGAGCAGAUGUUUCUAAUAGAAGGCGGAUUGAGAUAACACAGAAGACAUGGAGCUUACUGAGCUCCUCCUCCUGAGAAGCUCCUAGGAAUUUAGGUAUUGCUUUCAUUUAGUACCUCUGAGAUGAUUCAAUCCCAGUAAUUUUAGGCAGUCAGAAUUUAGACUUCCUCUCUGCAAGAAUAAAAGUACUGUGAGAGCCCAGCUCUACUCUGUGUGGUCUAGCAUCCCUUUGGCUACAGUAUCCCCUCAAACGAGUGAGAAAUCACAUGCUCAGACCCAAAUCUGCUAUUUAUAUUAUUUCAUUUAAGAAGCAUUCAUGACAGUGAUAGGUCAAAAAGAAAGUAAGUUUAUAUUCUCUAAAGUAAUAGGACCUACUCAAUUUCUUCCCCCAUGGGGAUUAGUUCCUCCUUCUUCUCUAUUUAAAAGCUGCCUAAUACUUACUUGCUGCCCUUUAAACUUCUUCUGGAGUAUAAAAGUCCAGGUCCAGGUACUGUACCUUCUGCUACCCGAAGGAGAGGAGUACAUUUCAGUAAGGAUUUUAUUCUCUCUGCCUUUUCAUUUCCCUUUUCUCUUGGUUCACAUUCUCUGACUUCCAUGGGACAGAGGAUUUGGCUUCUUAAUGUCUGUGAAAGUCUUAAUACAAGGUGAAUCCCAGGACCACAAACAGUUUGGACUUCAAACAGUGAGAAAAUUGGCGCUGAAUGAUGCGGCACACAAGGCAGAAAACUUUCAUUUCCUGCAGGCAGGAUGGAAUUGACUGUUAUAUUAAGACUUCUGAAGGAGCCCUGCCCCGGAGUAAUUUCAGUGCUGUCAGACAAUGCUGACAUCUAGAUUAACCUCUGUGCAGUGAAUUUGACUGCACAGCUCAUUGAGAUGCAUGUGGUGUGUCCCUAUAAAUCCCAUCUGAAACCCUUGGUGGCCCACCCACAGCAACCCCCUCUCCCGUUUCCACCUACUGAUCUCCCAGUCCGUGAACUUUUAGCCUAAGGAAGCAAAGGCACUCUGGCUGAGUUCUGACCCCCAGAGAGGGAGCUUUGACCUUUCUGUGGGCAUGAUAGAGUCUUGAGCCAAAUUCGCUGCUUGGUCAGAGUGACAGUGUUUGUCUCUGUAUUGGUUGCUCCCCUCUCCCGGAGGAGACUACAAAUCAAGGAAGGAAAGCCACUCCACUGAAGACAAACACUUUCACAGCAAGUCUCAAAGUGAAAUGGUCUGCAGAUGAGCCAAGGGCUCUCAGUCACUCUAUCUGUAGGUCUCCAGCCUUCCAGGGUUCCAAGACUACAGCAGACACAACAAGGUCAUGACUGCAGGUGAGGUGGGUGGAGUCUGAUGGCUGGAAGGGCUUGUCCUCUCUACAGGUGUUUCUUUUAGACCUUUUAAGAAAGGCAUCCCUGACUUUUAAUGACCCAGCUGAGAUAAAGGAUACAGCUUUUCUCUAAGUCAAUGGGUGGUGCUCAACCUUCCUAAUGCUGUAAUCCUUUAGUACGGUUCCUCAUGCUGUGGUGACCCCCAACCAUAACAUUAUUUUUAUUGCUACUUCAUAACUGUAAUCUUUCAACUGCUAUUAAUCAUGAUGUAAAUAUAUGAUAUACUGAUAUACAGUAUAGGAUGUUCUCAGAUGACCCUUGUAAAAAGGUCAUUUGAUCUCCAAGGGGGUUGCCACCCACAGGUUCAGAACCACUGCUCUAAGCACUGCUUCAUAGAAAGCAAUGCCAUGCCGAAAUCUUCUAGGCAGAUGAAGCCUCUCAGAUAAGAUAGUGCGGGUCAAAAGUACACACGUGCAUCUCAUGCAUCAAAAGUUCUGAAAAGAAACCUGCAGUUUGGCUGCAGCCACCUCCAGAAUCUUAAAAGCUACUUAACAUAAUCCCAGGCAUUUCUUAAAACAUGCUUCAGGAUUUUAAAAUGCCCUGCCCAAGUCUGAGCAACCAAUUCCUCUGCAGAGUUCUUGAAUCUGAUUCUCUUUCAGCUCAUUUUUUUUUCCAUCUUUGAUUGUUUAGUGUAAGUAGUGGGAAUCUCUUUGUAUAUCCUUAGAUAUUUCUUUAGGAGAAUUGAAAGUUUUUAGCCAAGGACAUUGUGUUUAUUGACUUAGAGAAUAGAUUUCUGGGCUGGGUAAUACAGCAGUAAACAAAGGCAAUCUUGAUGACUUUAUUUAAAAGCCAUUAUCAGCGUCGUGCUUCUCUCUAGAGUCUCAUGCUGAUACAGAACAAAUCAUAUUCAUCCUUUUGUUAUUUAUAAUAUUUAUUUACUUCCACAUAUAAGCAAACACAUGCAUGCAAAUUCCUGGGUAACUCUAUUGCAUAUAGACAGCAGUGCCCCAUUUGUGUUACUUUCGUUGAUCUCAGCAUGUGUAGGCAAAUGAAUGUACCACACAUGUGGUUUUUUUCACUGCGGCUCAUCAUUAUUUGUAUUAGCAGCACAAAGCCUAUGACUUUCUGCACUAUGAGUUAUUUACAAAGUUGAGGUUCCUUUGAUGGAGAGGAAAAACACCCCAGUUUCUCAAAAAUUUUAUAUGUAAACGUAGGACUCCUCCCUAUAAUUUUUCAAGAUAUAAAACCAGACUGAGACUUAAUUCUCUUUUUCUGUAAUUAAUUUCCUGGGGGAAGGGGUAUCAGAUUCAUCAUAAAUAUCAUGUGUGAAGACAGAUAUGAACUAAUUUAAGCAGGUUAGUGACCUAACCAUUAUAUAUAAAACACAGGUGUUCUAAUUGAACUGUGACAUGAAGUCCUUGAGACACCAGAAGAGAGCUGGGCUAGAAGCUAGGGGCUGGAGUACAGGGCACUUGGCAGGGUAACUGUGUAAGUCAUGGGCAUUUAAAUGAAAGUAGGCAAACAAGUUGUAGGUUGUGCUCUUUCUCAAACAGCAGGCUGGGGAAAGCCACUCUGUUUCAAUCCUUUGCUUAGAUUCGUUACCAACAAAGUAAAUCAUAGAAAGUAUUCUCUGAGAGUGCAUUUGCGGACCUCCCACUCUAAAAGGCCAGGUUGUUUUCACCAAAUGUUCAGUUUCUCACUUACAGCUCUUUCUGAACUCCAAGUCCUAUCUGCCCCUCACUCCCAGCUCCCUAUCCUACCACUUAUAGGCUAUGCUCUAAGCUCUAAAAUGGGGAGGGAAGUCUGGGUUGCUCCUCUCCCUAGCCUGAGCAUGUUGUGAUUUAGUCUGGAUUUCUGCAGAAAGAAAGAAGCUCCUCUCCCAGCCAUCCAUCAGUCUCCUUCCAGCUCCAUGGGGCAAAUGAUCAGUGCCCCAUCAAGUGCAUGGGAGACUCUGGUACAACAGGCCUAUUAUAAGUGUCCCCCUUCCCCAGUCUGUCAUUUUGAAGUCAUCUCAUCCUUCUGGCUUGGUUAUGAAAGGCUAGUCUUCCUUCAAACGUGGUUUCCUUCACAUUUCUCUCCUGAUUCCUGACUGCUGAAUAUUCUGGUAAAUGACAAAGUACAAUAUUCCUUCUCUUCUACUCUACUGUGAGCAGGGACAUGCCUCUCCAUGGACCAAGAGAUCUGUAUGUCAGCCAAAGUUUACUCAAUCUUGAAAGAGUUAGAAGAGUGACUUACAGAUUUGGUGGAGGUGAUCUUUGUUGUGAUAGCACUAGAAAUGUUUGUACCUUAAGAAAUGAACUUAAGAAACACAUCCUGGAAUGGUGACAGAGGAGGGGUCAACUGAGGAGCUGGGAGACCAAACCUGUUAUUCCACAAAUCAUUUCGUAUCUUUCACUGUACCAGCAAUGGAACUUACAGCCACAAAUAGACACACCCACUAGUCAAAUUAAGUCCAUCGUGUCUGACAAAACCACUCAUUUAAACGAACAAACAAACAAACCAAAAACUUGCCCUUUCUCUCAGGAGCUGGAGAAAUGACUCAGAGACUAAAAGUACUCGGUGCAGUUCCAGAUAAGCUGGGUUUCAUUUCCAGCCACUACUCGGAAGCUCACAACCACCUGUGAAUUCAAUUCCAGGAGAUCUGACACCCUCUUUCUGCAUGGAAGUGGCGUAAAAGCAUGCAUACAGGCAAAUCACUCACAGGCAUUAAAAAAACAAUCCUUUCCCCCUUAUGACCCUAGACAAUACAAGAAUGUUUCUUUUCUUGGUGGUCUACUAAUGUUUUCAUUGUGAUUUCCAAGUUUUUUGUUUGUUUGUUUGUUUGUUAUUUCCUUAGGAAAGAGUUGGUGCUCUUUUUAAUUUAAGGGCUAUCUAUGAAGAAUUGUCAAGGCAGAUGGAAAGUGAGGAGCAAUGGAAGUAAGAGGUAGAUAUCUUGUGAGCUUUUAUUUCUUUCUGAUCAGCCUCUUUCUACAUAAAAGCUCUGCUAAGGGCCUCUGCCUGUCACAGAGAAUUCUCAUGGGCAAUACAGUCAGUUCUUGGUAGUGUCUCCAAGGUCCCACGGUGGGGAAAACACAUACCUUGGGAAGCCAGUGCUGUUCACAGUGUUGAGAACUUUGUGUUUUGUUUGAGCUGCACUUUCUCCAUUCCCUCCUGUGUGUGGUUUCUAGAGCGAGUCAUUAACACUUCCCCAUUUUUAAAAUACAACUUUUUAUUUAUUACAAUUUUCACUUUGUAUCCCAUCUGUAGCCUCACUCUCAUCCCCUCCCAACCCCACCCUGCCCUCAUUUCCUACCAUGCCCCUCCACCAAGUCCACCCAUAGGGGAGGUCCUCUUCCCCUUCCAUCUGACCCUAGCCUUUCAGGUCUCAUCAGGACUGUCUUUCAUAGUCUUCCUUUGUGACCUGGUCAGGCUGCUUCCCACUCAGGGGGAGGUGAUUAAAGAGCCAGCCACUGAGUUCAUGUCAGAGACAGCUCCUGCUCCCCUUAUUAGGGAGCCCAUUUGGAGACCGAGCUGCCACACGGUACCUCUGUGCAGGGAGUCCAGGUUAUCUCUAUAAAUGGUCCUUGGUUGGGAUAUCAGUCUCAGAAAAGACUUGUAGGCUUAGAUUUUUUGGUUUUGUUCUCCACAAGAAGAACAUUUCCCCAUUUUGAAUCAAGAUUGUAUAUAUAAUAAUGGAAAACAUCUUGUAUUUUUACCAGAAGAAAGGGAUAUUUUACCCACUUAGCAGGGCUACUUGGUAGAUUGUAUUUUCUGCCAUGAAACCCUGAACAUCUUGAAGCCAAAUAGCAUCUCCUUUGCUUUAAUUCCCUACCACUCAUUGCUGCUUUGAAGAUGUUCUGCAGGAUUCAGAAUAAUGCCUGAGAAAGUAAGACUGCAUGAUGCUUCCUCUUUAUACUGAGCGGUAAAACUAGUAUUGCAGGGAGCAUGAAGUGAUAAUUAUCUUGAAGCUUUCUAGAGACUGUGGUCCAUACAAGGGGAAGACAGGGAUAAUCAAAAGAUGUAGAAAACUAUCCUGGUAAAAACAAAUGCCAGGCCUCAUUUUCAAUGACACAACAGGGUGGUUCCAGGGGGACUCCAGUUGAGGAACUCCUCUAGCUGAAAAUGAAACUCUAGACAAUAAACCCUGAAGCCAGAUUGCCAAGGUUACGGCAGUGAAGUCAUUUACAGUCUCUAAAAAUGUCCUAGGUGUUUGUGAUGCCAAGCACUAUUUUAAGUUCUUUGCCAUGAAGACUACUUGGAAAGUUGUCUUUCAAAUAUUUUUUCCCUUCUAUGUCCAAGUAGCCAUCAGGUGUGAUAUAUCUGACAAAAUGUUGUCUGUGUGUUGUAAAAGGAUUCUGACCACUCUUAAGGGAAAACAGAAUAAAGCCAAGUACUGAGAAUCCCGAGAAACUCAUAAAUGUUUCACACAAGCGCAGAGGAUCACAGCUUCUUUUUCUUUUGACCUUGGGCUCAGUGUUUGUUUUUCUGAUACAGGAAAACAGCACCCCUGUUCCAGACCUCCAUCUGAGUGACUUUUCUACUGUAGUUGUCUGCCAGGCAGAAAGCAUCCCAGCUUUCUUUGAAAUGAUAAUCCAAAUUGGGAUAUGCUUGUAAAUUGUGGUGUGAAAUUGAAGAAUGCAGAUUGGUUCAGGGUGAUUUUUCCUCAUUCUCUGAUAAUCUUGAGGACAGAGGCUCUUCUAAGUAUUGCCAAGGCCUGCUUGGAACAAGUAUGCUUGGAACAUGAUGUGACUUCCUAUAGACACAACUGAUAAAUUAAAGAUCUCAGAGGUAUGAUUUGAGAAGUAAAUUGCUGAAUACGGAAAGUUUGAGUUAACAUGCUAACAGAAACAGUAAGAACUUACUUUAAUACUUGUUUUCAUUCCCUUCUUUGAAAGGUUAGCCUUUUGGGGGGGCUUUGGGGUAUUUACUUCCCAAGGCUAGCAAAGAUUGAUUAUAGUUCAUGUCUUAAAGCAAAGGCUCUUUUGAGCCUGUUGGGUUUGGAGGUAACCGCAAGUGGCCCAGGCUAUUUUUCUGAUACUGGUGCCACAACAAUUGAAGUCUUCUUGAUUAUGUGUUUGGACCCUGGUGGGUUGACACAAGAGAUUUGUCAAAUUAAAAAGAAAAGAAAGCAAGUUGGGGCAAGAAAAUUCUGAGUAAAUGUGAAAGAAAAAAAUAUCAGUUCUGUUCUGGCAUCCAACAACCCUGUACUAUUCAGUGAGGAAAUACAAAAUGCAUUCUCUUUUCAAGGUGAGUUUUACUUUGUGGUGUGUGUGUGUGUGUGUGUGUGUGUGUGUGUGGUAUGUGUGCACUUGCAUGUGGCUCUGGAGGUGGGAAGCAGGUCAGAAGCUGUUGUUUACACAUUUAGACUUUUUCUCAGGCACAGUAAAAGGUCUGCUCAGUUUCUUGGAAUGUGGCAAUAAAAUGAGGGUUACAGAGGAAAUAAAGGCCCACGUUUCAGAACAAGGUGAAAUAGUCCCCAAAUUUUUCAUUCUGAAAUCUUCAGUCAUACUAAAUCAAAGCAACCCCAUAUUUGUUAUUGACACUAGUGCAAAAACAGUCAGUCCACAACACCUGCAGACCCUAGUGGCUUUACCUGCCUGUGGGUCUCUUUUCUGAAGGAAUGGAAUCUUUAAUUGUGCCAGGAACUUGGCCAACAGGGCUGAAGAAUGAGGCAGCUUAAGCAGUUUAGAGUAAACUACCCCAUGUAGAUUUUUGGCAAGGCAUUAAUUCUUUCUCAUAGGUAUUAAGGUUGUUUCAGAACUUUUUUUUUUUCUUCAAAUGAUAUUUAAAGCAGAGACAUUUUAAGCUACUGUUAGGCUUUGUGAAACGACGACUUAGUUUCAUAGGUAGUUUUUGGCUUUGCCUAUCCCAGGGGUGUAAAUUCUUCUGUGACCCUGCUGUAUGUUUUCAGCACCAGGGACAGCAAUCACGUCCCUUAUCUGAGGUCUGCUCUUGGAAUUGGAUUUCCAGACAGGGAAGGACAGAUUUUUUUUUCCCCCAUCACCUUCUACCCACUGAGCUUCAACUUGGAAGAUAUUUUGUUUCGUUUUGUUUUGUUUUGUUUUGUUUCUUUGCAUAGCCUUGGCUGUCCUGGACUUGCUUUUUAGACCAUGCUGACCUCGAACUCACAGGGACCCAAUCCUCCUCUGCCUCCUGAGUGCUGGGAUUGAAGGCAUGUGACAUUAUGCCCAGCUAACUUGGGAGAUUUUGUUCUUAGAUAUAGGUGCUCAUUUAUUUAAUUUUUCAUAAUCCAGUUGGCAGUUGAAGCUGGAGGAGUAGAGCCUAACACUGAGAAACACUGAGAUGGCUUCAGAGAGUUUAUGUUCUGAGGGUAAAGUCAAGUCAUGAGCAAAGUUCACACAAGUUUAGGCUGCAUACAGUCACAAGGACAACCCAUACUUGGAAACAUCUUUGAAUAACAAAAGUAAGCAGCAAUGUGCAAUCUGAAGCAAGCCUGCUCAGACUUAUUACACUUGGGAGGGGCAACCACAUGUUAUGGAGAAACAAGGUUAUGAGAGACGUUUAUCUUGUUUACUUAAAGUUAUCUCACAAGCUCUCAGAGUUCUCCUCACAAAGCUUCAUUCAUGAAACAUGUUUUCACACCCAGGAAUAUAUAUUUUUAAAAAAUUUCCCCCAAGCCGGGUAUAGCUGUUUUUACCAUGUCCUUGGCCUGCUAACGAAGUAUAGACUAUCACAGCCAGCUUUAUCACUACAGACAUGGUAAAGACACUGGGAUAUUAGUGGUGGGAAUGCUUUGGAACAGGAACCCCUUUUUAUAAGUCAUCCUUGACUUACAAACUCCUAUAAGGAAUACUGCUCAUUGACAAUCGUGUUUUUAAGUUAUGCAUAAUGUUCACAAUAUAUAAGGCCAGGCAUGAUUGGUGUGCACACAGACAAAGUAAUUCACAGUGGUGGAUAUGCAGUUAUGAGCUCUGAGGACGAAGAAGGGCCUAGCAAUGUUUUCAUUCUGGACACUUGCAGAAGGCUACUACUUUGAAUCUUGGCAUCCAGAUUUUAACCUUGAGUGAUGUUCAACAGCUGUUUUUGCCUUAAACAAUCAUGGAAGGAUUGGAAGGAGUUCCUCUUGGGAAUGAGAGCAACAGAAGCACAUAUUGUCACUAUGCUUUGAUCGUCUAGUUUCCCUACAGCACAAAAAUGCAUAGGCGUCACCUCAGAGGCAGGGUAGUCUUCUCUUAUUUACGUGGCAUCCUUUUUAGGACCCUCUCCAAGAUGAAAACUAAAUAGCAGCUGCUUCCUCCUUCUCCUUCUCUUCCUUGCCCUCCUCUUCUUCACAGGUGGCACACAAACUCCAUUUUGAUUGACUGUGAAUCAUCUAAAUCCUGACCAAAGCAUCAUUCUUUUUAGUCCUCCUCUUUCUUCUCUCUGUCACUUAUACACCCUUCUUUCUCCCUCAUUAUUUCUUAUAGCAUUUAAUGAUGAGAGACCAUGUAGCAUUCCUUUUAAGGUUAAAGAAGUAGUAGAAGACAUCUGGAAUCAGGCCUAAGAAGAUCAAAUUUAACAGAGCUGUGAUGUUUAACUUUGGGUUGGGUCUGAGGAAGAACACAUCUCUCACCAUUCCUUGACUUCUUAAAUGGGCCCAUUCAUGCUCACCCUUGUCACACAAAGAGCACAUGGCAUGCAUGUCCCUGGAUAGCAGGUCAAAAUAUCCUCUACUGGUGAACAGGAGAGCUUUGUUUUCUAUUUUAAUCAAGGAAUGGUCAUAGUAUAGAAAAUAUAUGUUCAUAAAAGACCAUGAGCUAUAGAAUAGCUUCAUAAAAAAAUGUUUUCUACAAAACAGAUGAAAGAGCUACAAAUUCAUUGUUCAUGGAACUCGUGACUCUCUGGCAAGCAGAAAGAUGAGAUGAAGAGUAGGCACCUUUGAUGCCUCAGGAUGAACAGGCCAGAACUAAACCCCAGCAAGGUUCUUGUACUUUUUCUGGAAAAAAAAAAAAACUUAAACAUUUUAAGGGCACAUCUAGCACUGCCUCUUUAGAGGUGAGCUCAGUGCUACUUCUGGGUUCUUAAGGCAAGUGCCCUGUAAACACCAAAGUCUUGUAUUUUCCACUCUCAGCCAGCACUGGCUGUCCUGAGUGGGAUGUUUUUUCCUUCCUUAAGUGAAAAGGUCUUGUUUCAGGAGAAGUGUCCUUUAAACAUCCAGCUAAAACUGGAGGUAAUUUUUUGCAUGAAUGGCUUUUUACAGCUAGGUCUAAAGCAGAACAAAACUUGUAUUAAACUAAGUGCUACUUUACAUAUCUUAUUUCAAGGGAAAUGAAGGAUUUAUUGCCGUGUAAAUGAUAUACACUGAUUUCUUUCCUACUGGACAUUACAUGUCCCUUUAUCUUUAGGCUGAUGUUGUGCAGCAAACUUUCGAUAUUUGGAAAAUCAGCUGGUACCUACUUCAGAACACUAGCAGGACAUUCUAUUCCCAGCAAGGAAUCUUGCAAAUGAAGUUUGGGUGCUGAUACAACUGAUUUCCGUCCCCACCCCUAAGCUUUCUGUACUAAAUAUCUGUAAAGUGAUUAUAUCUUGUUUGACCCCAAGUGUUUGUGUGUAUUUCCCAAUGUUUGUAUAACUAUAGUGGCAAUCUGAAGGGUUAUUUUCAUUUAUGGCAACUGCUGAACAAUGAUGGAUGUGGCAUUGGGGGACACACGUGAUGUGUGCACAAUAGUUUCAGGACCAAGCAAAUGUACUCACUGAGUUUGGGAAAUGGGUUGAGCAUCAGUAUGACUUGGUUUGGGGGAUGUUCAGCAAUGGGUAGAAUAUUGCCAAGUUCCUGUUAAUUGCUAACUAACUUGAUGAAGCAGAGUGAGUGCUCACCCACAUCUUAGGCUGUAUACGUAAACACUAACUGACCAAUAUUCAGCUUUAUUUUUACCAAAACUAUUCUUUCAUGGUACUCACUGUUUUUUAUUCUACAAGCUACUGGGAAGUGCCUGCUUCAUAAAUGUUUGCUUCCCAUGAUUUAAUUCCUGAACUGUUAAUAUAACAGACCAUGGUGUUAGAUACACUAGGAUUAACUCAUAGUACCCUUUCCUUGAGACAUCAUUACUUCCAUUGUUUUCCUUUCCCAUAAAUUUUCCAUUGUCCAUGCUAAUUUAAUUUAGGUGUGUGUAAGUAUUAAAGAAUCGAUCUAGUUAAAAUGAUGACUGUGUUUGACUUUGGAGAGCAGGUUCAUAGUCCUAAGUAAAACUCUUCCAGAAACUUAUCUUUUAUGAGACAGAGAAAAGUCAAAAUAGAACAGACCAAGAGUAACUAAAUAAGAUGGCAAGAUGGUCCCAGGGUAGAAAGAAGUGUUCUCAGUUGAAAUGAAGAGUUGUGAUGGAAAGACAAGUACCCACCCUUCUUCUAUUCCUACCCAGCCUCCCUUUCUCCUCAACCUCAGAAGAAAACAGAAACUUAUUUUUUUAAACUGUAUUAAUAAUUUAUGUUUAAUACAAAAGGCUGAUUUAAUGGUUAUCACCAAAGGUCAUUUCUGUCAUUGUGCAUGUCCUUCACUCUCAACCCCAUAUACUCAUCUCAUCCUUCACCCUCACUUCUAUUUCAAGGCAAAUGUGUGUCUUCAUCAAAAUCUAUGGGUGUUGGAGUUACAUGUGGGGGUAGACACUUAACACCUUGACACUAACAAAAAACAACUAUUCUUCAGUUCCAAGUGGCAGUUAUUACAAGAAAAAAAGUCUUUUCUUGGUACUUGUUUAAAAUCAUUUUAUACAUAUAUAUGUAUAUAUGUGUGUGUAUGUAUGGACAUAUGUAUGUAUAUGCACAUGUACAUGUAUAUAUGUAUAUAUCCAUCUCAAUAUAAAUAUAUCAUAUGUGAGAGUUGUAAAUACUUCUUGGUCAUGCAUCUGUCUUCGUCAGAGUAUCAUAUCUUCAAUUUAUGUUAACGACUCCAUUUAUUGAUUGAUGAAAUCAUGUGUAGACCUGUAUCCUCCUGACAUAGUUUAUGUAGGGUCUCUUCUCAAAUAAAGUAUAAAACAACAAUGCC